GGAAUUUGGCUUCAUUUGCUUGAACAGAAUGGGUACUCGUGUAUAUAUUGGAAGACUGUCACAUCAUGCCAGAGAACGGGAUGUAGAAAGAUUUUUCAAAGGAUAUGGACGACUUCGGGAUGUCAUGUUGAAAAAUGGAUAUGGAUUUGUGGAGUUUGAAGAUUAUCGGGAUGCUGAUGAUGCAGUGUAUGAAUUGAAUGGAAAAGAUCUGGCUGGUGAAAGAGUGAUUGUGGAGCAUGCUCGUGGAGGUCCUCGGGGAGACGACAGGAGAAACAGUUACCGUGACUACCCUCCCCCAAGGGGAAGAAAUCGGGGAGGAGGAGGAAGAGACAAGUAUGGGCCACCAACUAGAACCGACUACAGACUGAUUGUGGAAAACUUGAGUUCUCGAGUCAGCUGGCAGGACCUGAAGGACUACAUGAGACAGGCAGGGGAAGUAACCUAUGCUGAUGCCCACAAAGAACACAAAAAUGAAGGAAUUGUGGAAUUUUCCUCGUAUUCUGACAUGAAGAAUGCUGUCAGUAAGCUGGACGGAACAGAAAUCAACGGAAGAAAGAUCAAGUUAAUCGAGGACAAACCCAAACGCAGCAGCCGACGUAGAAGUCCCAGCAGAAGUGCCUCCAGAUCCAGGAGUAGAUCAAGGUCACGACGAAGGUCAAGGUCAGCCAGUCGAUCCAGGAGCCGCAGCAGAAGCCGUAGCAGUCGUAGCAAGUCAAAGUCUAAAUCCAAGUCACCAGAGCGCAAGUCCAGGUCCAAAUCACCCUCUAAGUCCAGAUCUAGAUCAAAGUCACCUUCAAAGUCCAAGUCCAGGUCCAGAUCUCGCUCCAAAAGUCCAGGUGACAAAGAGGAUAAGGAUGAGAAUUAGGGCUCAGGGAAUUAAAACCAGAGGGACUCUCAUCUUUAUAACUUCAUGUAUCAAGAGUCUCCACAACAAGUUUCAUAGAGCAUUGUAGACUAAUGUUUUAAUGUACAAAGUUUGUUUAUAGAUAUAUGUACUUUGCACUUAAACCAACAGUACAGUAGGAAGGCUAUAACAGACAGGUUUAGGUUUUUCUGAGGUCUCAGCUGAUUUCUUUCCCAGGUCCAUGGUAUAUUAUUGUUUUUGAUUCAUUUUGAAAAUCUUCAUUAUUUUUUAUAAUCACUUAGAUUUCUUUAUUCAUUAAGUUCAUCAUUAAUGCACAAUAUUUCACCAGUUUGGUACAAUAUUGGCCAAUUUAUUUAAAUCUUCGUAGCAUUUCAGCCCAGUUUGAUGACGUAUUGGCUUAAUAACUAUUCUCAACAGGUGUACAAUUCUAUUUAAAUGCUGAAUUUUAUAGCAAAAAUAUGUGGCGAAGAAUUAGACUUGUGACUUAAUCAUCUCUUAGUACUGUGUGUAGUAGUUUGUUCUGCAUUGUAGUGAUCUUUUUUGGUUUAUAAACUAUCAUAAAAUGAAAAUUCAUUAUCAAACUAUAUUUUAUGCAUUUCUGGUAUGAUUUUCACCAUGGAAUAUAUGUACAUUGUUAAUAUAAACUAUUUUUUAUUGCAACUUCUUCAUUUUGGUACUUGUAUAUAAUGCUCCAAGUAUACUUCAGUGAAACUUAACAAUUCAGUUUAUCACAUUUCUGCAUAAAUUUUGUUUUAAUAUACAAUGUAAUUAACAAGAUUAAUUUUAUAAUGUCUUUUCUCCAAUUGAUUAAAUGGAACAUCCUUUUCCUGUAAUCAAUGUUAAUCUCACUUUUUGGGGGGUCACUUCUGGGGUAUGUAGUGACCACACAAUCUUAAACAUCCAGUUAUCUGCAAAUGCAGCUUAAAUAAGUAUGUGAGCUGGCUUUUAAUUGGAGUUUUGUAGGAUGUUUUUCAUCAUUAUUUUAAGUUUUUAACUAGUACACAACCAUUAUGCUUUGCUUUUGAUGUUGCAUUUCUAAAAUUCACCAGAUGGUUCAUGUCUGUGAUGUCCUACUAGUUCAUAUGAUGUUGCUAUAGCAAUGUUAUUUUUUUUAAUACUUAAAAUACAUGGAUUUCCUUUAAAGUUGACCUACAGUGUAGAUUAUUUUCAAACUAAGAAUACCUUUGUCAUAGAACAUGAAAAUGUAUGUUGUGAAUAAAUUUUACAAUGCUUUA